AUGGCUAGGUUGAUGACCUUGCUUGUACUAAGGGACAGUAGAAUACAUUCCAGCGCCCACCCCGCCCACAGACAAUCCACGCCCCUACAGCAAAUCACGCCCACUCCUGCCCACAGACAUAUCCGCCCACCCCGCCAGCAGACAAUCACGCCCACCCGCCCACAGAAUCCAGCAACCCCGCCAACAGACAAUCACGCCACCACCCCGCCACAGACAAAUCCACGCCACAAACAAAUCACGCCCACCACGCCACUGACAAAAUCCCCGCCCACAAACAUCCACGCCACCGCGCCCACUGACAAAUCCACGCCCACCCCGCCAUCAGCCACGCAGCCACAGACAAUCCACGCCACAGACAAAUCCACGCCCACCCCUGCCCAACAUAUCCACUGCCCCACCCGCCAACAAAAAUCAGCCCAACCAUCCGCCCAACGACAUCCCCCCGCCACAGACAAAUCCACGCCCACCCCGCCACAGACAAAUCCAGCCAUCGCCCACAGACAAAUCCCGCCCACAGACAAAUCCCGCCACAGACAUCCCGCCACCGAGACAAUGCCAACCCCGACCAACAACAACCACGCCCACGCUCCACGCCCACCCCACGACAAUCCCGCGCCCACCGCCACAGCCCGCGAUGCACGCCAGGAUUCUCGACCUCGCGGGGGACAGCUGGUGGACUCAGGUGGCACGGGGUGA